GUCGCGUCAGCCGGCCGGCCGGCUUGCCGCGGCGGCGCCGGGGACUGUGGCCGCCGCCGGCGCGCGCGGAGUCGGGACGCGUGCCAUGGAGGAGCCACCGCCCCCACUGCAAGCCGGUAGCAAGCCGCACCUGGAGAAGCUGACCUUGGGUGUCACCCGCAUCCUAGAAUCUUCCCCAGGUGUGACAGAGGUGAGCAUAAUAGAAAAGCUGCCUGCUGAACGUCAUAUGAUUUCUUCGUGGGAACAGAAAAACAAUUGUGUGAUGCCUGAGGAUGUGAGGAACUUCUACUUGAUGACCAAUGGUUUUCACAUGACAUGGAGUGUAAAGCUGGAUGAGCAUAUCAUUCCACUGGGAAACAUGGUGAUUAACGGCAUUUCAAAACUGACUCAACUCAUCCAGUCUUCCAUGUACUCGCUUCCUAACGCACCAACUCUGGCUGACCUAGAGGACGAUCCUGCAGAAGCCAAUGAAGACCAGCCAGAGAAGCCUCACUUUGACUGUCGCAGUGCAAUAUUUGAGCUGGAUUCGUGCAAUGGGAAUGGGAAAGUUUGCCUUGUCUACAAAAAUGGGAAACCUGGAUUAGGUCAUGACACUGAGAUCUGGUUCCUGGACAGAGCAUUAUACUGGCAUUUUCUCACAGACACCUUUACCGCCUACUACCGCCUGCUCAUCACUCACCUGGGCCUGCCCCAGUGGCAGUACGCCUUCACCAGCUAUGGCAUUAGCCCACAGGCCAAGCAAUGGUUUAGCAUGUACAAACCCAUCACCUACAACACAAGCCUGCUCACCGAAGAGCCCGAUGCAUUCGUGAACAAGCUGGACCCCAGCAAAGUGUUCAAGAGCAAGAACAAGAUCCUAAUCCCAAAAAAGAAAGGGCCUGUACAGCCGGUCAGUGGCCAGAAAGAGAAAGGGCCUGGGCCCGUAGCUCCACCUGCCACUAAACCUUCCCCGGUCUCUGGAAACCCUGUCCGGAAAUAAGCAUUCCAUCAGCCUCACAGCGGUGAUGUGAAUGCCCAGAUGCCGUGGGGUGGCCCCACCUGUACACACUUUGCAGGAAUUCUCCAGAGUGACGAAAGCCGUGGGCCUUUAUGCCCACUGUCAUUAGCCAGGAAUUACAAAGACCACACUGAAUUCUGCCCAGGAGUCCUUUCCUCCAUAGGUUGUGCCAACCCAUCUCCAAAACCAGCUAAGACUUUCAGAUAUACCUAGAGCUUUCUUAUGUCUGUACCCAGUCCUUAACUUCUUAGCAGUAAUUAGAGAGGUCCUCCCAAAUAAACUUGUGGCUCAACUCAUGAAACAUCAGUAACGACUUGUCAUGUGACCACCUCAGUUAUGAAAUUUUCACACCCUCAAUUGCAUUAGCCACAUUUUGAGUAUGCACAUGACAGUAGAUUGCAUAUUGGACAACACAGAGAUGGGAGCAUUUCUGUCCAAGUGUUUUGACCAGGAUUAAUGCAAACAUUUUCAUACUGUUCUUCAGAUGAGAUAAUGUUGAUGCCUUAACUUCAUGGGCUGUAUGCUUUGAGAAAACACUUUCAAAGACAGAGUCUUGCGUUCUUAACGACCUAUACCACAAACACAUCUCACUUGAGUCAUUGUUUAAUUCCCUAUAAAAUACCAUGUUCCGGAUCAGUAUCCAUCCUAUAAGGAGUUUUCAUUGCCAGAUUUGUACUGAUAUUUCUACAUUUGCCAGAAUCAUCUUUAAAAGAGAUUGACCUCUGCUGUAUUUUAUCUGUUAAGUCCCCAGGCAUUUGUUUACAGAUACAGCCAGUCUGUUCUUAAGAAUUUCCAGCUAUUUUGCUUAUUCUCAGUCGGGAGCUGUCUCUCCCAACUUCCUCUGGUCUAAGCAGUAGGUUGUCUAGAACAGUGUAGGAUGCCAAGAGGUCUUUGUAAGUAAGUGUCCUGUUCAAAGGCAUUUUCCCACAGAAACAUGAUGGCACUAGGCACUGAGCUACCCCCACAGACUUGCCUUGUGUCAAUAUUAGGCAUAUAACAGAAUUCCUAUGAAGAAGGGCAGUGCUCUGAUUUUCAGUUAAGAUGAUCUGAUUCCUCAGCAGUCCUGGCAGUGGGCAGGAUUCACCUGUCCAGCCAUAGCGUUCUUGAUAGCUGGGAUUUUUGUACUGAUAUUCCAGAGGUAGAAUAAAGAGUUCUGUGGAGGGGCAGACUGCACGCUCUGUUUGCAAUUGGCCAACUUACUCUUUUUUACUUUCCUACCCCAGUGGUUGUCUAGGCUUCUCUCUGCGCUGCCACUACCCACUUAACCAUUCUAGGGCUUCUCUUCCAUUAUGUGAUGUGAGGGAGGAGU